AUGCCUAAAAGAUCCACCACGUACAAAAAGCCCUACACCCCAUCCCUAGACUCCCAGCCCUACACCCCAGCCCUACACCCCAGCCCUACACCCCAGCCCUACACCCCAGCCCUACACCCCAGCCCUACACCCCAGCCCUACACCCCAGCCCUACACCCCAGCCCUACACCCCAGCCCUACACCCCAGCCCUACACCCCAACCCUACACCCAACCCUACACCCAGCCCUACACCCCCAGCCCUACACCCCCAGCCCUACACCCCCAUCCCUACACCCCCAUCCCUACACCCCCAGGCCUACACCCCAGCCCUACGCCCCCAGCCCUACACCCCCAUCCCUACACCCCCAUCCCUACACCCUCAUCCCUACACCCCCAGCCCUACACCCCAGCCCUACACCCCCAUCCCUACGCCCCAUCCCUACACCCCCAGCCCUACACCCUCAUCCCUACACCCUCAUCCCUACGCCUCCAGCCCUUCGCCUCCAGCCCUACGCCCCCAGCUCUACACCCCCAGCUCUACGCCCCCAGCCCUACACCCCAGCCCUACACCCCAGCCCUACACCCCAGCCCUACACCCCAGCCCUAAACCUCCAGUCCUACACCCCCAUCCCUACACCCCCAGCCCUACACCCCAGCCCUACACCCCAGCCCUACACCCCCCAUCCCUACACCCCCCAGCCCUACACCCCCAGCCCUACACCCAGCCCUACACCCCCAGCCCUACACCCCCAGCCCUACACCCCCAGCCCUACACCCCCAUCCCUACACCCCCAUCCCUACACCCUCAUCCCUACACCCUCAUCCCUACACCCUCAUCCCUACGCCCCCAGCCCUACGCCCCCAGCUCUACACCCCCAGCUCUACGCCCCCAGCCCUAUGCACCCAGCUCUACACCCCCAUCCCUACACCCCCAGCCCUACACCCCAGCCCUACACCCCAGCCCUACACCCCAGCCCUACACCCCCCAGCCCUACACCCCAGCUCUACGCCAUUGUUUCAUGCUGUUCCAAGUUUAA